AUGAAAGUAGUUAGCCGGUGCAGUUUUCAUAAGCAGUCUGAGAGGAAAAUGUUACCUAAACUUCUUGGGUUUGUUCUCCUUUUUGGAUCGACAUAUGCUAUUACGGAGCGUGCUUGUGAGGGGAGCACCUUGUACCUCACUUGUCCCCAGGGACAAUCGAUCAACGUGACGUACGCUAACUACGGCAGGAGUAACCUGUACGUCUGUCCGGCCGGAGGACAACAGAACACCAACUGUUAUAGCGGGUCGUCCAUACAGACUGUACGGAACACAUGUCAAGGCCAGAACCAGUGUAGCAUCUCGGCUUCCGAUGCUCUGUUCGGAGACCCUUGUCCAAGAACAUAUAAAUAUUUGGAGGUCGAUUAUGAAUGUGAAUUUCAAUCUCCCCCAGGAAACCGAUUCCACGUCUGUGAGGGUGGUUCCUUGUAUCUUUACUGUCCAAGGGGAACGUAUCUAGUAAUUUUCUCUGCCAACUUCGGACGACUGAGUUCCGCAAUCUGUCCAGGUCCCGGAUCAAACAACGUGAACUGUGUGUCUUCUAAUGCCCUGUCCGUGGUCAGAAACAGCUGUGAGGGGUACCCCAGCUGCCAACUCGAGGCCAUCAAUAAUGUGUUUGGAGACCCGUGUCCAGGAACUUAUAAAUAUCUGGAGGUUAAUGUUGGAUGCAGUUAUUUCUAAAUAUAUAUUCAUGUAUCA